UUUCUUAUUUAUUCUGACAGACGAGGGAUUUUUAAAGUUAUUAUCGGAAGAAACGCCAAUGGAGAUACUGUUCUCUUGUCUCAUUGUUAUUCAAGCCAUGUUGAAUGGAAAUAAGGAUUGGUCAACUGUGGAUGGAGAUGGACUGUUUGAAAAAGAACAAGAGCUGCAGUGUGGCAUGAAAGGAAUUCACAGUGAGGCAGCCAUGGAGAAGGCCAAAGUGGUUCCUGAAGUGAUGAAACGAUUGACGGAUUUAUUACACUUAUCGAAAGGAUCGUAUACAUGGCAGAAGUGGUAUCAAUUGAGAAGAAUGAUUUGCACUGUAUUGUGUGGGCUAUGUCAGGUGAAUUUAUCGCCACGGAUCCUGCCUCUUUGUCAAAAGCACGUCUUUAUUCGCAUCAUGGAAUUGAUGAGGGAAUGCUGUAAAUUUGAUGAAAGGAGCAAAAGUCAAAAAGAAAUCAAAGAGCAUCGAUUGUUGGUGCGCGACGGAUUUGAUACCAUAGGCAAGAUACUCAAAUACGCUCGACCUGCAGGCUUAUUUGAGUACGAUUCUCAUUUUACAGUGAUGACAUGUUUGGAUCUGGUCAAUUACUAUCUUGAAUUCGUCGUUACUUCAACAACGACGACGAGUACGACUAUGACGGCUGCUGGUAAACAUCCAGCAAAACGGGUUUUAUUGGCUAUCGAACAAAUACUGGAAGAUGAGAAAAAGAAGCAGCAGCAUCAGCAGCAGCAUCAGCAGCAACAACAGCAGCCGCAACCCUCACUGAAGAAAGAGAUAGGAAAAGUACAGCCAGGGCCGUCCGAUGUGAUUUACAUUUCGUCACCGUAGCAUCUCUAUAUACACGUGACAUACAUGUUGACGAUGUCGAUUGCUGUUGUUGUUGUUGUUAUUGCUGCUGCUGCUGUUGCUGC